CAACAGGGUUUCAGGAAAGGGCGGGACUUCUGCUUUCAGCUGCAUUGUGGGAGCUGGGAAACGCCGUAAAUGCUCACGUUAUUCAAUCGAGUGCUUUUCUUCGAACCCGCUGAUACAAGAUUAAAACAUGUCUAUUGGUGUUCCCAUCAAAGUCCUACAUGAAGCAGAGGGUCACAUUGUGACCUGCGAGACAAACACAGGUGAAGUGUACAGAGGCAAACUGAUCGAAGCAGAGGAUAACAUGAACUGCCAGAUGUCCAACAUUACAGUGACCUAUCGAGAUGGCAGAGUGUCCCAGCUGGAGCAGGUAUACAUUCGCGGCAGCAAAAUACGCUUCCUCAUUCUGCCAGACAUGUUGAAAAACGCCCCCAUGUUGAAGAGCAUGAAAAACAAAAACCAAGGUGCAGGAGCUGGAAGAGGCAAAGCAGCUAUUCUCAAAGCUCAAGUCGCAGCAAGGGGCCGAGGUCGAGGAGGGCCAGGAGGAAGGGGAAAUAUUUUCCAGAAAAGACGAUAAUGUGAAUCCUGUUUCGGUCACUGUCAUUUUGUACAGGUUUUUUUUUUUUUAAUGAGAUUUUUUUUUUUUUUUUUUGUGGUUUGGUAAGUUUGGUGAUCUUGUAAUUUUGUUGAACAGUUGAUUGAAAUCAAUAGUUUGCAACAGUUAUUUUCCCUUUUCUCAUGUAAUAAAGCGGUUUAAUUAUAUAAAAA